AUGUACGACGGAACUAAAAACCUGCUCAUGUUUCAAGAGGAGCAGACCAUACACUUCGGCUGCCACUUCGACCUCGUCAUGUACCCCUUCGACCAACAGGAGUGCUACCUUAACAUCGAGAUAUACGACUACGAUCUAAGACUUGGAUAUUUCGUGAAGGACGGGGAAGGAGCAUCUUACAAAGGAAACCGGCGGCUGCUGGAGUACAACUUACUGUGGACACACUACCAGCCUUACCUCGACCACAACGCUAGUCACGCUGGGGUUCGUGUCCAGAACUCAAAGCCUUUUCACUUCCCUCCUCCCUCCCAGCUGGAGCUGCGCUUCCGAAACCAGUUCCGCUACUACAUCGGCAACAUCUUCAUGCCGAGCCUCAUGCUGGUGAUCCUGUGCUACGUCACGCUCUUCUUCGACCUCAACGACUUCAAUGACCGCAUCAUGGUGUCGCUGACCUCGCUGCUCGUGCUCGUCACCUUCUUCACCGACACCAGCAACUCCAUCCCUAAAACCGCCUACUUCAAGCUCAUCGACGUGUGGUUUAUGUCCCUCAUGUUCGAGGACUUUUUCAUCAUUCUGUCCAUCAUUUACAUCGAGGAGCUGCGCCAAGACGUAGCCACGCCCACCUCUUCCUCGGGCUCCACGGGCACCUUCGUUAGGGUUCGCUCCGUGUCUAGCCUCCCGGCCAAGCCGCAGCCGACGGCCCUGGGCCGCGGAAGCGAACGCAUCGUCAGGAUUAACCGCUACCUCAGCCGCUUCUUCGCCUUCACUCUCGUCCUCAUGCUUAUCAUCUUCAUCCCAAUGGGCGUCUAUGGCUUGACCAAGAACGUGAUGAGGCCUCACAGGCCGACAGUGACGUUGCUGCACCCUGACACUCUCGAACCUAUUGGAGAGCAAGAUAGGUUCUGA